AGAAAGAGACCAAAAAAAAGGAGGGGGAAGAAAAGAAACUCUGGCCCUUUGUGUGGAGACGACUCAGCAGGAAAGCGAUUUUGCAAUUACUUCAGCUUACCGGUAAAGCAAGCUCAGUUCCUCUGAUCUGUACACACGUGCACACUGGACUGCCUCACUCGGUCCACUUAUACAUAUGUAUACAAGUGCGAGAGUGAGUCUAUGGGCUGCGUCUGGACACGCUUCAAGGGCCAAAAGCAACGCAGCGCUUCUCCCCCCGAUGAUGAGAGCCAACGUCAGUCUAACCCAUGAAUAUUGAUGUGGAGGUAGUCUGUUUCACUGACGAACAGAAGGAGGCAAGAUGGCUGCCCUUUAGGAUUUGUUUAAGAGGAGAACUGAACGGUUUGCUGGAAUUCUACAAAGUGGAGGGACAUAAAACAAGGACGCAGAGAGGGCAGCCUUGUGAAUGGACUCAGAGCAGACCAGAUGGAAGAAGAAAAAAACAGCCAUGAGACGGAAGAAAAUCUGAUAAUUGCACAAAUCAGUGCCACUCAGCAGACAGAGACUCUACUUACCAAGCGGAAGAAUGGAGAUCAGUCACCUGAUGUCUUAUCCCAACAGCUCAAUGGGGACACCAACUGGACAUAUUUUAAGCCCAGCCCAGAGGUCUACCCAAUGAAACAACAAUGGGGGAAAUGUUCCAGCCCUACUAACAUUAAGGGGAUACUUGAUCAAAAUAUGUAUGACAUGAAUGGAGAGAAGAAGCAUGCGCUCAGUGAACAGACACUUGACUUUCACCAGCCUAAAAAGCACUUCACAGAUUCAGAGAUGAAUGGAGUUGAGGACCUGAAGCCUUGGGAUAAAAGAGAGGCAGGAGUGGUGCACCAAUUAGAGGAAUUCCCUAAGCACAAGCCAGGGGAUUCUGAUUUAAAACGUAAUAAGAGAAACUGUCAUUUUCCCAAUGGGGAUAUAUUCUCGCUGUCUAGGAACAAGCAGGUGUCAAUGCCCAAUGGUGCUCCAAUUACCCCAACUUCAGACAAGGGUACAACUGGUGACCUUUUAGAGAAAACUUUGUCUCAGUAUUACCCAGAACAUGUUUCCAUUGCACCUCAAACCUACUCAUCUCAAGUAGAUGAGGUCACCAGCAACCUGUCUGAGCAGGGGAUUCCUUCACCUUCAUUUACCUCAGGUAUCCCUAUCUCACCCCAAACUUCGGCCUCCGAUCCACUUGCCAAAGCAAUCCCAGAGGUGCAAGGCAGCAAUGGCUACAAUCCAGAAUUUAGAGUGAAUAGAUACUCUGUUAGCUUUGCAAAUGAGCAAAAGGAGCCUCCUGAGAUGGAAACACAUUCGCUGAGUCGGGCGGGUGUGGAGUCCAAUAUGACAUUACAAACAGGCAUCAAUAGUUUCUCACAGAUUCAGAAAGAUAGAGAAGGCCUUUCAAAUGACACGGAGUGUUUAAGCAUGUUCUCUCAGUCCAACCAGGAUUUCAACCGUGAAUCUUACAUAUUGCCCCCAGGGAUGGCAGGUACCUCAUGUCCAACUGAUAGGGAUGGGACAUUCAACUCAUUCAGUUGCUCAACCAGCCCUCAGGCACCAAGCACCAAGACAGGUCAGCAGAAUCUACAGUUUAAGAUCCCACAGAAAUUGCAAAUGGAUGGAAGCCUCCUGGACAAUAAAGAUUCUGUAUUGCAGCAACAGUCUUUUGAGCCUCAAAGAGUAGACAACAGGUUGAUUACCCAGGCCUGUUCAGCAGCACCUCAGAAUCAAGAUCAUACUCUGCACGCAGGUCAAACAAAUUCACUGUUAAAGAGAACAGAUCACUCCACUCCAUCACCACAACCACCUACCGACCAACCUCACAUGUGGGACUUUUUCCUUAACCAGGCUCAAUUGCAGCAGGAUACAAUUCCACAGAGCCAAAGUCAUCUAAUAAAUCCUGUACACUCAAACAGCUUCCAGUCUCAGAAUUUUAGUAAGCCCAGUUAUGCCUCACAUAAACGUCAGUCUCAAGAUAUUUACAAAAAUUCACCACCCAGUGCUCAACUUCCCCACAGUUCUAGCCCUGAGUGUCAACUGAGAAGUUCUGGUGUGCAAGGUCACAUUAACAUGCAAUCUAACAAACCCCAGCAAUUAUGCAAAAAUGAUCAAGAUUUGGACCAGAUUCGGUCCCCUGGUGUGCUCUCUCAGCCACCACCAGUUGAGCCUCAUCAGCAGGCGUCCAGCUCAUACCCUCAUCGGUUCCUCCAGAAUGUGCAUAGAAUGCAAGCAGCUCCACAAUCACAAGACACUGCCCAGAGCCAGACAGAUGCGCCUCUCUUGAAAAGGCUUAAAAUGGAGGGCUGCCUACCUCUAGUGAACAAAACAACAGCACAAACUCAGUCUAGUCCAAUUAUGAGAGCAAACUCUAUAUUUCCAGACUCUUUUAGGUCAAAUGUACAGCCUUUGUCUAAUGAAGUGGAUGCUACGCUAAGUGAUGCAAUACAGAUCCAAAAGAACCUCCAGCAGAACAUACAGUACUCUCAGGGCAGCAGUAAGCAACUGAACUACCAGCAACCUCUCCAUCACAGGAUACACAAUCAUUUGGGAUUGACGGACUCACGAUCGCAACUAUCCCAAGUCCCGAAUGAUCUGCAGAUACCUCAAGCAGAUUUGCAGAGACAUGCAGCCUUGCGAAUGCACAUUCUACAGAAGCAGGAGAGGCAAGGCCCCAACCACAUCAGGCCAAGUAUGCAAGCCAUGAAAAGUGAAAACUGUGCCAGUUUAGAGGUCCCAGCUCAGCUGCCACCCCUUCAAAUGCAUCAGCAAUAUCAAGACAAAACCAAAGUCAUGCCUCAGAUAGUAAAGCAGGAGUGUCCCUCUUCAGCCUGUGAACAAAGCCAACAGAGGAGCAUUCUAGCUACGAUGGAACAGCAAUUACAACAGUACGAGCUCUCACCUGUGUUUGAAAGAAAAUCUUUGCUCAUCAAGUCACCCCAUAAGGUGAAGGUGGAGAUGGCUGGGGGGGUGACGGUGCUCUCAACUAGUGCUGAGGGGAAUAUCAAGGACCAGUGCAAACCACAAGAUUUCACCCCACCUAAAAAAAUUGGGUUACAAAGCUUUCUGGAGUCACCCAUGAAGCUGCUUGAUACACCAAUAAAAAACCUGCUGGACACACCUGUGAAAACACAGUAUGAUAUUCCAUCAUGCCACUGUGUCGAGCAAAUAGUUGAAAGGGAUGAAGGCCCGUAUUAUACUCACUUGGGAUCAGCCCCAACUAUUGCAGGUAUCCGCGACAUCAUGGAGAAAAGGUCUGGACUGACUGGAGGUGCCAUUAGGAUUGAAAAAGUUGUGUAUACAGGAAAGGAAGGCAAGAGCGCACAGGGCUGCCCCAUCGCCAAAUGGGUAAUACGGAGGGCGAGUGUGGAUGAGAAACUCCUGGUCUUGGUGCGAGAGCGGGUUGGUCACUCUUGUGAGACAUCCUGCAUAGUAGUGGUCAUCUUGAUUUGGGAAGGCAUACCAACCAACCUGGCUGACAGUCUCUACUCUGAACUCAGCGGGACUCUCACAAAACACGGCGCCCUAACCAACCGCAGAUGUGCUCGCAAUGAGGAGAGAACAUGUGCAUGUCAGGGUUUUGAGCCUGAUGCCUGUGGAGCCUCUUUCUCAUUCGGUUGCUCCUGGAGCAUGUACUAUAAUGGAUGCAAAUUUGCCAGGAGUAAAGUCCCUCGAAAGUUCAAACUUCUUGGGGAUGAUCCCAAAGAGGAGGAGAAACUGGAACAAAAUCUCCAGGGUCUUGCAACUUUGAUGGCCCCACUGUACAAACAAAUGGCACCUGAUGCUUACUCCAAUCAGGUGGAGCAUGAACACAGAGCUCCCGAUUGCCGUCUGGGCCUAAAGGAAGGACGCCCAUUUUCUGGAGUGACAGCCUGUCUAGACUUCUGUGCCCACGCUCACAGAGACCUGCACAACAUGCAGGGGGGCAGUACGGUGGUCUGCACGCUAACACGAGAGGACAAUCGUGAGAUUGCAAAGAUUCCUGAAGAUGAGCAACUGCAUGUGCUUCCCUUGUACAAGGCUUCAUCCACUGAUGAGUUUGGCAGUGCUGAGGCUCAGCUGGAGAAGACCAAGACCGGUGCUAUUCAGGUGCUCAAUGCCUUUCGUCGACAGGUACGUAUGCUGGCAGAGCCCGCAAAGUCAUGCCGGCAGAAGAAACUAGAUGCCAAGAAAGCUGCCGCUAACAAGACAACCCACACCAGCACACCCAAUUCCAAAAUGGACAACACCCAGCAAGCAAAGCAGAAACAAAGUGCUUAUGAGUACCCAGGCCAGAACACCCCUGUAACAGGCCCAAGUAACAUGAAAGCUACUCCGGAUUCUGGGCAGCCCUUAAAUGCUCACGCUGCCCAUUUGCAGCAGCACCAGCAGCCAACACGCCCCAAUCCUGCUCCCCCUUACCCCGGCCCACCCUUCUCUAGAUACUUAAAUCCACCAGGAUCCUUACCUAACACUUUUAAACCAGCACCUGCGCAUCCUCAAACACCGUCCUCUGCCAGUCCUUAUCCCUCUUCUUUAAAUGUUGCCAACCCUUACAUUAAUGUGGCUAAUUCAUCCAUCCCACAUUCAGGGUCUCUUACACCCAACACCCUUUACCCUGGUAACCAAUGUAAUGGAGGAGGGCCCAUGGACAACUACCACCCUUACUACUUUUCCAAUCUAAAGCAUUUAGAUAUGUAUCAUCCCCAAAGAAAUUCACUGUACUCUGAGCAGCAGUACAACGCACCUCAACAUUAUGGGGUUAACUAUCCACCACACUAUGGAGAGCCUAGCUUGGCAGUCAAUGGCUAUAGCACUUGUAACAUGAGACCUGGCAUGCACUCUAUGGGGCAUUUCCCAGGUUACAGCCCUAAUAUGCCACCUGAUGCCUUCUCUAGGCCUCCCUCAGCCCAUUCACAUUUGGACUAUGCAGCUGUUGGUAAAAGCAGCCAAUUUGAAGCUUACCCCAAGCCUCAUAUGUCCCAGAAUCCUCAGAUGUUUCCUCCCAAUCUAAAUACCUUGAGUAUGCAAAGUAAUAAAGAUUUAGAGAUAAACUUGCAUGGAACGAAUGGUAUCUCUCAGGUGUUUCCUCCUUUGGGCAAUGAGUGCUUCAACCCGAACCAACCCCCAGGGUUGAUGCAAUUUAAUGAAAAUGCCUUUAAUCCCCUCGUCAAACAGGAACCAUGUUCUCAGACUUUAGAGAAAAAAGAAAAGGAAGACGUGUGGUCUGACAGUGAACACAACUUCCUUGACCCUGAAAUCGGAGGGGUGGCAGUGGCACCUAGUCAUGGAUCGAUCAUUAUUGAGUGCGCUAAACGUGAGCUCCAUGCCACCACGCCGCUCAAGAAGCCCGACCGCAACCAUCCCACCCGUAUAUCUCUGGUUUUCUACCAGCACAAGAACAUCAACGAGGCGAAACAUGGACUGGCUCUGUGGGAGGCCAAAAUGGCGGAGAAAGCCCGGGAGAAAGAGGAUGACGCUGAGAAACAUGGUGCUGAAAACACAUCCAGCAAGAGCGGCGGAAAGAAGGUGAAACGAGAACUUUCGGAAGCCUCAGAGGCGCCGUCGAAGCGAUUCCUCCUCAUGCUUACUGGACAGUCAAUGUCAUGCACUACAAAUACAUACGUAAGCACAUCUCCGUAUGCCUUUACCAAGGUGACUGGGCCUUACAAUCAUUUCUCAUGAAGACCUCCAUUGGUUAAGAGCAUUUACAGGCUCACACACACAAGAGUGGCAUCAGAAGAAUGAAAUGGUGCUACAGAAUAGGGUUGCUGACCUUUAGUGCCACUGGCCACAUAACUGGUUUGUGUGAGGCUACUGACAAUAGACCAGUAAGAUUAAGUUUUACACUUUGUAGAAAGGCAUAGCAGAUAUAAAUCAGGCGUGUCAGCUUUUAAGAGGUCAAGCGUUACUGUUUGACCAAUUGGAAGUAUUUAUUUAUUAUUUUAUUACUCUCUUAUGAUAACACACUGUUGCUCUUACAUGGUGCUGAAAGUCCAACAAAUCUGGAUAAUUACUGGACACACAGAUUCGUUUUUUUGGUGAUUUUUAGGGCUUUUAUCAUGGUGCUAGAAUCUUUUCAAAUGCCUUUCUUUAAAAGUACACAACUAAACACAUUGUUAGCCUGAUGUUUUGUGAGUAAUACACAGUUAUUUCAUUAUUUUGAUGAGCAAUGAAGCAAAAUGUUAGCCUAAUAAGCUAGCUUAAUGAGUGUUCUUAGAAGCACUUUUUAUAAUAGUAUUUUAUAAUGUUGCGGCUAUCUGAAAAUAAAUUAAUGAUUGGAUGUUACUCGAUCAUUGAGUGAGGCUUAAAGGAAUAUUACGGGAUCAAUACAAGUUCGGCUCAAUCGACGGCGUUUGUGGCAUAUUAUUGAUUACCACAGAAACUAUUUUUGACUCGUACCUCGUUUUCUUUAAAAAAAGCCCAAUUGAGCUUAACUUGAACCCGGAAUAUUCCUUUAAUCAUCUACACUGACGUCUCAUUAAAUGUGGGAAACGUGGACAACUCGCAAUGAAUCCAUUGUUUUACAGUUGAACGGCAUUUUUUACUAAAUUUCUCUGGUGCUCUUACAAUUUCACGAAUCCUUUAUUCUUACAUUUAUAUACUGUAUAUUGAGCCGUACAUUUUGUAAUCAUAAUGUCCUUAGAGAAAUCACAAGAAUGGUGAUAUUUUGAAUGCUGGACCGCAGGUGUAUAACAGUGUGACUUACUUUCUUCUUCAUAACACAAAAUGACAAUUUAAUGAUUUUUAAAACAGUCACAUUGGCUGAAUUCAAUUCAAUGGCAGGGAACCAAUAAGGUUAUCGAUGUUGUCAUCUGGAUUCAGUGAUGAAUACGGAGUUUAUGCAAUGAUUUUAUUUGUUUUGACAGUGAAACUCUUCAACAUACAAUGUGAUCGCAUGCCUUCAGAAGACUUGAAAUAUUACCUAUUUGACUUUAGACACUUUUGGUUGCUUUAUAAAGUGUUAAAAUGAGUCACCGUCUACUGCCAUUGGACUGAAUUCAGCUCACAGCACUGGAUUGAAUCGUCAUUAAGUUAUCUUCUUUAGUGUUCCACAAGUAAAAUAAGUCGUAUGGGUUUGGAACGACGUGAGCAGGGCUGGACUGGUAAUCUGGCAUGCCGGGCAUUUUCCUGGUGGGCCGAAGCACUUUGGGGUCGAUGGACUGGCCAUCCGGGGGAAACAAGCGGGCCUAAUGGGUUGCAAUAAGCUAAAUUGAGCCGAUGCGUUAUGCAGAAAUGGCCAGUGAACACCCCUGCUCAACAACUUUUGGGCCGGUUGCUAUGUAAACUUCCGGGCCAAUCAGCCCCCCCCCCCCCACCCACGCUCAACAACUUUUGGGCUGGUUGCUAUGUAAAAUCCCAGGCCAAUCACCCCCGCUCAACAACUUUUGGGCCGGUUGCUAUGUAAACUUCCAGGACAAUGAAAACCCCCCACCCUCACUCAACAACUUCCGGGCCAAUUAUCCCCCCACCACCCACGCUCAACAACUUUUGGGCCGGUUGCUAUGUAAACUUCCGGGCCAAUCACCCUCCCCCCCCACCCCAACUCAACAACUUUUGGGCCGAUUUCUCUUCCCAGUCCAGCCCUGGACGUGAGGGUGAAAAAAUUAUAACAUAAAUUUCAUUUUUGGGUGAACUAUUCCUUUAAGAGUGUAGGGAAAGGAUGGUCAAUAUGAUCUCUGUUUCUAAGGCAGCUGGCUCAACUUGCUGUGGAGGUUGUUCGAUAACUUUAGCUGUAUGAAUAAAGUUGAGAUUUGUACAGUAAAUUAAUGAUUUUCUUUCUGGAAUGUACACUUGUAUUUUAGUUGAAUUAAGAAUAGUAUUCUUUCUUUGGGUUUGAAUUGAUGUUAUUUCAAACGGUGCUACUUGACCUGCUAUAAAUACAAUAUAAUGUGAGAAGCUCUAUGGGUGGUGAAAAGGCUUAUGAAUGAUGUAGAGAAUCUACUUCUCAUAUACCUCAAAACUAGUUUGGCAAUAGAAUUAUAAUACCAAGGUGUUUCUUUCCUUUGAUUUCCAAACACGUUGUAGCAAAUAUGACACAGACCAUCAGGCCGUCAUUGAUGCUUAGUUCAAUUCUUACUUUCUCAACACUUCUAGAAAGUAUGACUUGAACUUCAAGCUUCAGUGAGAUUGCAAAAUCAGGGAUAUGUUAGCUAGUUUCUAUCACUUGUAUUUAUGUUGUCUUCUCUAAUUCAGGUAUCAGCCUUUGCAUCAUAAAUCCUCAUGAACUAUGAAUUGUAAAUACCACACACAAAACUAACUUUGUCAGAAAAAUAAAACGACCCUGAUUUUUGUACUGUGUUGAAGUGGAAUGCUAACAAACAUGCUAACAUGCACUGAGUUAAUGAAAGGGAAAGUUGCAUUGACAUUAAGCAAUGCUUUUGCUCUUUACUGAAAGGUUAGACCAAGUCAGUUAAAAUAUUAAAUGAGCAUUUAUGUGCUUCUGUAUAAUUAGAGGCUAAAUGAAUUUACAACCACUAAACACGUGUCCCUUUGUCCAUUCAAUGAAAUUAGAUGUAAUGCUAAUGAAUUAAAAACAACUCAUUCCACUCUGACAUUUCACAAAAUGAAAGCACUUCAAUUUGUUUUUCAGAAAGAAAGAAAUAUGUAAAUUCAAUUAUAGGUCGAUUGUUGUAAAUGUAUUCAAUAGAUUAUGCCAUGUUGUAUAUACCUCAUGCAUUGCAGAAAUCUUUUCUUCUUCAUUCUAAGUCCAGCUUUUGUUAUGUAUGAAUUUCCUUUGUUGGUUAAAUGUGUCUAUUAGUAAUCAAAGAUAGCCCUAAAAGCUUUCUCUUGUCGCUAUUCAGUUUACCAGAGACUUUUUUCCUUCUUCCAACAAACAUAAAAGUUUACUAAAGCAGGUUUCCUGUUUUGAUGUGUUGACUAGUUCUGGAAGAAGUUCCCAGUUUUGUAGGUUUAGAUGUUAGGUUUGAGCGUACAGGACCCAGCCUGAGUAGCACGUUGUGCAUGAAGCAAGAGAAAGGAGUGAUUAGGAUAUAGCGGGUGACAAGAAUAGCCAUACUUGAAGACGCUUGAGUGUUUCUGAGUGAAGUCGAUUUUACUUGAAUGACUUUCUGACUUCAACUAAUGUACUGGGGUGCACAACAUGCAUUAAGCAAGCAGCCAUUAGACACUAAAAGGCUUACGUGUUCUUUUUUUCUGCCUUUUCGUAUUGCUUACCUUGUUCCCUUAAAGUUUGUAAUGCUUAAAAUGUUGAAUUAAGAAUGUCUUUGGAUACUGUAAAUAUUGCAAUGUGCUGAAGAACUGAAUGCAGUUUAUUGGAAAGCUGUUUGUUAUAUCAUUCCUGAUAUUGCUGAAAUGUGGGUGUUUUUAAUAAAAAUGUAUAUUUAUUUCAAGCAUUUAAAUUGUCCUUUUUUUUUUACAUGCAUUUUCAGAAUUUUUAUUGGUGUUGAAUUUUUAAAGUAAACAUAAAAUUAUUAACCUCGUGCGAAUGAGCAUCCACAUGCGUGGACGUUGUAUUUUGGCUUCGCUAUACGCAAUGCAUUAUUUAAAUGAAAUAAAACAGGCUGAAUGUUCACAAGAAUCUACACUGUCAUUUAAGGGUUAAACUUGUAACAACUUUUGUGCCGGUUGCCAUGUAAAAUCCAGGGACAAUCCUCCCACGUGACGUGACACAACAGCGUGAUGUCGAUUUCUGUGAAGCGCUUCUAUGGGCGCAGUGCCAACUAAAGUGCGCCUGGAAAGAAACCUCUAAGUUUUUGCAUUGAAAUCUGUUUGGUUGUAAAGAUUAACGUCUCUAGUUUAGUUUGAAAUGACGCUUUAAAAAACACACAAAUGUUUCAUGCAUCAGCGUGCUGACAAACAUGAUGUCCACAUAUGUGUACGAUGGGACCUUAUUACCUCAUAACAUAAGAUCAGAAAAACAUGUUAGUUAUUUUGAAUAAUUUUGUAUUAUUCAAUACAACUGU